AGUAACACAAGACGACAGGAGGAGUUGUGCGCAAUGACAGCACCAAGGAGGUUCUGCUGGUUCCUCUGUUUUUUGGCUGUGGGGAUCCACACUGUUAAUGCAGCCCCUGACUUCUCUUUGUAUCUUCACAGCAUCCUCAAGAAUCACACGGCUCAUGCUUGUGAAGGGGACACGCUCACCAUCCAGUGUCCCACCCGGACGUCGGUGGCCAUCCUAGCGGCCUUCUAUGGACGGCGUGUUCCUCAUCAGUAUUUAUGUCCCAGCCUGAAGACAAAUCUAACCACGGAGGAGGACACUGAGUGCUCCUCUCCGGUCGCUGUCAAGAAAGUGCUGUCAGAGUGUCAGGAUAAGCGCUCCUGUCAAAUUCCAGUCUUCAGCCCCGUGUUUGGUCACGACCCCUGUCCUCUCACCAGCAAGUACCUACUAGUGUCGUACAAGUGCAGACCAGCGCACCACCGCACACGGCUGGUGUGCGAGAACGAACGUCUGAGGCUGGUGUGUAAAAACGACACGGUCCUCGCCAUUUACUCGGCCACGUUCGGACACCUGCUGCACGGAAGCCCCCUAUGUCCUCAGGGAGGGGGCUCGUUGGUGGACAUGGAGUGUUUGUCGCCGUCGGCUCUAAGGAGGGUGUCACGCCGCUGUCAUGGUCGAGUGAACUGUUCAGUGCUGGCUGAUACUCAAACAUUUGGGGACCCGUGUUUCCCCGGCACCAGGAAACACCUGCGAGUGUCCUACACUUGUGUGCCCAGGUAUCUUCUGGAAGACGUGGGCCGGGGGUCGACGGAUCCUUUUAUGAUCUCAGACUAUACACACGGUGGAUGGUACACUGGCCCCACCUACAGGCCUCAAAAUGUGCUAAUAACCAACUUUCUGGAGAUGAUAGAAAAAGUGUUGGGAGUCCCUGAGAGAGUGGCUCUAUAUUUUGUCUCUGGCAUCUGUGCUGGUCUGGUCUUCCUGUUCUGUCUGUUUGGCCUCCGCUCCACACUGGUGAAGGAUGUGAAGGAGCUGGUGUCGGAUCUGAAUGAUGAGCUGAAAUCUUCCAGCAGACAGAACAAGGACCUCAUGGAGGACCUCUAUGAAGACGAUGACGACGUCUCGGAUGCCUCAUCCUUCCGUCACCUCACUCAGUCGUACCGCAUGGCGGAAAUGUCCACGCUGACUGUGGAGAUGCCGGGUCAGGGUGUGGAAAACAGUAGGGAGCUUCCCAAUGGAGAUAUGUGGCCGCAUCCUGACACCAGCCCAUACGCCAUUCAUCAGAUUAAAAAUUACAACAAUUGAGUCCAUCCAUUUUCUAUUAUGUAUUAAUAUUUCUAUUUCUAUUUUCCAUUGUAUUAUCAUAGCAUAACUUCAUCACAUUUUAUUUUACGAUUGUAAUGUAUAUUUUAAUACUUAACAUUGCUUUAAUAGUAAUAGUAAUUUUUACGUCUUGCUUUUAUUCUGUAUUUUUCUAUGCUUUCGUUAAGCACUCUGUAUAUGAAUAGUGCUAUGCAAAUAAA